UUUCUGGCUGACAUCUUCAGUCACUUUCUUGGAGUUCCCGAUUUGUCUGCGCCCGAAUCACUGUCACAACCGACACCGUACUAAGACUACUUCUUAAGCUAAUAACAAACGCAGGCAAAACACAUCUGAAUACAUCCUCAGGUACUCAAGGCUUUAUGUCCGAACAAGGAUCACCUCCCCCGCUCAAACGACGGCGUUCCGCUGGCAGGAUUCCGAGUCCAGCGGUCGCGUCGAGUUCAUUUCUUGCUACCAUUCGAAGCCCAUCAUUCUGGCUGUCAGAUGGGAACCUGAUUGUGAUUACUCGAGAAGUAUCUUUUCGGGUGCAUACCAGCGUUCUGUCGCGUAACUCGGAGGUAUUCCGAGACAUGUUAGCCAUCCCUCAGCCUGACAACGCGGAACAGGUAGAAGGAUGCAGUGUGGUACAACUGUCCGAAGAUGGCUGCGACUUUGAGACUCUCCUACUUGCCUUGUAUGAUGGAGGUAAGAUCUUUGGUGACCAUAAUGUCCUUCGUUUCAGAACCGUUUCUGCUAUGCUUCGUUUGGGAAUGAAGUACCAGAUAGACCUCGUGAGCCAAGAGGCUAUUCGCCGUCUUCGCAAGUUUUAUCCAAAUUAUCUCGAGGACUUUCCAAUGGAGUACGUCAUUAACGGCAGAAGACCAUCUGUCCCGCCCUCCAUCGAACUGGAACCCGAAGACUCCAUCUCUGUUGUACGGAUGGCGAUUAUGUUUGAUCUGCAGGAUAUCCUUGUCGCCGCCUUGUAUGCCUGCUGCCAAUUGGAAGUUGAUACCUGUUUCAAUGCGGUGCGGUUGGGGAAAUGAAGUUUAGAUGAUAUGCACAAGUGUUUCAAAGGCAAAGAAGCUCUUCGGGGACUUGAAUCCUUCUUCUAUGAGAUGCUGCACAGUUGGAAGGCUCCUCCCGCAUGCAAUUCAAAGAGUGAAUGCACAGAAACCGUUAAAGCGUUUCUCAAAGCCCAGAAACGAACGAAUGGAUGGAUAUGGAGAACGUCAGGUAGCCACCGUUUGGCUUCUGUGCAUGGUUCUUGCGGAAGAUGGGCGAGAAGGGACCGUGCAGGCCCUGUUAUCUAUCUCUGAAGGCAUCUCUGGAUCAUUCAAGUCGGAUCGGCUGGUCGACGCUGGAGAUACAUUUUGAUGUAUCUAUGCCUUCCCAUCUGAACAGUUGAGUUGUCAAUGUCCAUGGUUGUAUCGGAACCCGCGUCGGCUUACAUUGAUUGCAGAUAUAUUCGAAGUUUUGCCGUCUUAGGACGACAUUCGUGACAAUGCAUUGAUGGCUGCUCUUUGUAGUGCGUAGGUCAAUGACCCAUAUCUCUUGACAUCCCAUGCCAUUCUCCCUUCCCUACUUUUUGUUAAUGACACUCGAUGCGACGACCCUCCAAAAGUGCUAUGCAUCCAGUUACUGAACCUCAGGAAAUGCAGAGCUGAUCUUUCUGGCUGAGAGUUGCAUGGCCAAAGUUGACAUUCACGUAGAGCGUACAUUUGGCAGCAUCCACUCGAUAGCAUGCAAGUAAGUUACUAUGAACAGGAGAUCCUAUAACUUGUACGGUAAACACUGAAUACAGGUACAGAUAUUUGCAC